AUGGUUCAUCUUCAUCUGUUUCAUCUGGUGUGCGACGACCAUCUCGGGCGAUGCGGCGACGACGACGGUUUGUCUUCUUCUAUGGCCUGUGUGCGCGACAAUCCUUGCAUGGGAAGCGACGACGGGUCUCAGAGAGAGCAUGACGGCAUAAGGAUCGCGACGGCGGUGAUAGAAGGGCGUAGGUGGAAUGGAUUGUCGUGCGGCGAAUGGAGGAGGACAUGA